UUUCAGGCGGGAUGGAAACAACUCUUGUUCUGUACAUACUUACCAUCGAUAGAUCACUUAUUAUUCAGUGAAUAAAAUAAAAAUAUAUCACAGCGUCGUGUUGUUACAGAAACAUUACCACGAUGACCCGACCUUCGAGGAAUAAGAAGCAAGUCAACUAUUCUGAAUUUCAAGAUCAAGAUGAUGAAGAAGAUUUUACGGGACCUCCCAGCAAGAAGACCCGGGUGCUGUCCAGUGAACCAGAAAAAGAGAGAAAAGAUGCAAGCAAAUCUGUGAUCGAGGAGAAGGAAUCUCAGCAAGGGCUCAGCCCUAAGGCCAGGUUGUCAGUGGAAGAAAAGCUGUUUGAGAGAAGUUUAGAAGCAGCUAUUCAGCUGUCCAUGAUCCAAGCAACAGAAGGAUCGGAGGACCUGUCAUCGAGAGAUAAAUGUGACCAGAAUGAGCACCCUGCAGAUGCGGAAAAGAAAGAUUAUUCACCGUUGUUGUCAAACUGCAGUGUGGAUACCAGUCUCUUGGGCCUGGAUGAAAUCACAGAUGAGCCGGUGACCCGCAGCACCCCCUCCAGGCAGAGGCAGGCAGCAGCCAGGGCACAGGAGCAGCAGAAAUGUAUUCUUAACAAGGAGACGGAGAGUGGAGAGGAUGACGACUACAAGCCCACCAGUAGAACAAACAAUGACUCAGGAAGUGACAAAGACUUCAGCGAGAAUGAUGAUAGUGAUGAUGAGGAAUUCACUGUGAAGAAAAGCACAAAAAAAAAGGCAAGCAAGAAGGAGCCAGUGCGUCAUCUGCCAGCCUCAAAGAAAGAGAAGAAACCCUCUAAAGCUGUCAAGUCCAAAUCCAAGGCCCCAGAGACCCCUGCUGUGUCCCGUAGUGCUGGUCCUGCUUCAAAGAAACCACUCAGUGCUCCCACAACUGUUAGGUCUGCAGUGCCUAUCAGUCCAGCAGGGGGCAGGCUGCCCAAGUGGAAUCCACCAGCUCUAGUUGGCAAGAGUCCUAACACCCGGACUCCGCAGGUGAAGUCACCAGGUCAAGGGCUGAGACUUGGGUUGUCACGCUUGGCACGAGUUAAACCCCUGCACCCCAGCAUGGCUCACUGACCCAAACUGUGUCUGAAUGUUAUUGUGUCUGUAUUGUCUCUCUGUUUGUCUGUAUCGUCAGGUCUCUGUCAACUUAUUAGUGGGCUCAGUUGCUAUCUUUCGACCCAUUUUUACUUAUUUUCUUUUUGUUUUUCAUGAAAUAUUUAUCCCGAGGCAUAUUGUAAAGAUUGUACUGCUAUACUCAUAAUACAUACUGAAUGCUUUGCUGUAUAUUCAACAGUCUGCAAAAUAUUGAUUUUUCAUUUGUGGUAUUAAAAAUAUACCUUUUAGUUGGUUGAAUAAAUUCUUAAUUUUAAUCUUUUUUUUUCUGCUGUAUGACAUAAUUCCAUAGUAGCGUUAGAAAGUGUUUGUUCAUACAUUCAGAAGUUAGAUUUUUAAUUGCCAAGGAAAGCUACUGUGGGUCACCUUUUCACUUUCAGUAUGGUACACCAGCUAUCUACUGAACAGACUAAUUACUGUUGUACAGCUUCUGCUCUGUAAAUAUAGGACAGCUUUGCUAUAUCAGACUUUUACACUGUUUUGUUUCAACAGUUUGCUGUUUUAUCUGUGUACAUUUUGACAGAAAAUUGAUUUUUUAAAAUGAAGAUUCAAUAACGAAUA